CGUGUUCAUCGGACAUUCCAAUCCACCGAGCACAGCAGAGCUCCUGGGAUUGACCUCAUGACAUUAAAUACAGCUAGCAGAUUCUAAUACCUCCGUCCUUCAACUUUCCAAACACCUCACUUCUUCCAAAACCUUUCCUUAGCUCCUCCCAAUGGCCGUCUCUCCACUCUCUCUCCUCCUCUUCCUCCUCCUCUCUCUCUUCACCACCUCCGUCCACCCAAACCCCUCUCCACUUCCCUUUACCUCUCACCCACCACCCUCCUCCCAAAUUACCAAAACAUGCUCUCCACUUUCAAGAUUUUCAUUUACACCACACCCAUACCCUUCUCUUCCUCAACCCCACCCUUCUCUCUCUUCCACACUUCCCUCGUCAACAGCCCAUUCAUCACCCAGAAUCCCAACGAGGCUAACUUGUUCUUCAUCCCCGUCUCUCCAGAUGUCUCCACGCGCUCUCUAGGUCGUCUUGUCAAAGACCUUAGGACAAACCAUCCUUACUGGGACCGUACACUUGGGGCCGAUCAUUUCUUUCUCUCAAACGCCGGCAUAGAAUUCUCUUCGGACAGAAACCUCCUGGAAUUGAAGAAAAACUCGAUUCAGAUCACCGUUUUUCCGACUAAUUCCGGUAACUUUGUCCCCCACAAGGACAUAAGUUUACCUCCUUUCAACCCUUCCCCAUUUGCUCUACCUCACGCGCCGGUCAAUAACACGACGCCGUUUCUGGGUUACCUGGAAUGGGAUGGCGAGACUGAGUCAAGCUUGGUCAACGAAUUGAAUGAUGAUCAAGACUUUGUCGUUGAAUCUGAGCCGUUGGAUGACUUGGGAAGACUUCAAAACAGUAAGUUCUGUGUGUAUAUCUACGGUGGCGAUGUGACGUGGAUGGCGGAGGCUAUGUCGUUGGGGUGCGUACCGGCGGUGAUUAUGGACCGUCCGAUUCAGGAUCUGCCGUUGAUGGACAUAUUGCGGUGGUCGGAGAUGGCGGUCUUUGUUGGGACACGUGGCGGCGCAGGGGAGUUGAAGAAGGUUUUGGUUGAUAUUAGUAAAGAUCGGUAUGAGCGAAUGAGGGGAUUCGCUGUGACGGCGAGUCAGCAUUUGGUAUGGAACUCUUCACCACAGCCGUACGAUGCAUUUCAUAUGGUGGUGUAUCAGCUAUGGCUGAGACGGCAUACAAUUAGAUACGGUAGAAGAGAGAUGGUUUAACAAUUGGGCUCGGGUUCAAUCAUGUACUCUUCCUUUCUUAUUUUGGGUUUAAGGGUCCGAUUAACUUCCGAGCACGAGCAUAUCGAUUAAUCAUCUUUGCUGUUCAAUCGUGUUUACUUGUCGAUUAUGUAUUUGAUUUUAAACAUGUUUUAAUCUUUAAUGAUAUAGUACUUUUCAUAAAUCUAA